GACUGGCUUGGAAUAAUCGAGAGAUUUGGAGCAGAAGUGUAUAGCUGGGGUCGAGGAAAAGAUCAACCGUGGUCUAAUUGAAUGACAAAACAGGCUUGAGGGGCUGAAUAGUCUCCUCCUAUCCUUGUCUUUUUCUUUUCAGGCCCAGACGUGGGGACAAGCAGACCACUGAAUAUGCCACCCCAUCGAACUAACAGUGAUGGCCUUCCACAGUAUCACCUUCGACGGAUUGGACGUAGAGCAUCACUCCCAGACAUCGCCAAUUUGAUUGACUUCAGAAAGCGCGUGACUCUGAUUGGAAGGAAUGGUGAUGUCGUUGAUUACGUCCUCAGUGCUGCCAAGGAAUCAAGGCGCAGGACUAUCUCCAAGACCCAUGCCCGGAUUAUCCGUUCACUGCAGAAUAACCAGCACCGGCUAGUUGAUUCGAGCUUCUCUGGAGUUUACAUCAAUGACUGCCGCAUAGAUAGUGACGUCAUCCUGAAGGAAGGUGAUACAGUGACGUUUGGACAUCCGCAGGGUUCUCAAGUGGACCGAGGGGAGAGAGUCCGUCAGCCCAACUCUGAAUUUUACUUCAUGUUUGAGCUGUGUGACUGCGAGCAGGAAGGCAGCAAUGGAUUGAGACAGGAUCCUGGGGCCAGCUCCCAUCUCCAGAGCUCAAUGUUUGUUCCUGCCUCUUGCCAGAGAUUGCCGAUGCCCCAGUGCUUCUUGGGAAUGUUCCCUGGGUUCCUGCAGGGAGUUCGGUGGCCUGUGGAUGUAGCAGACGCUGGUGUCAGACAUGCCAUGGCACUGCAUGACUCUGGGGGGUGCCCAUUGGUUUCAGGGGCUCCUCACCCAACAUAUCCAAGACCUGAAUUGGCCCCACCUCGCAUGAUGUGUUUUCCAGAUCGUCAGCUUGCACCCGAGAUCUCAGGAUCCACCUCCCUGCUAACCGGAGUGUCCCAUGGUCUUGUGGUGCCACUGGUUCCUCCGGGAUCAACUUCCCAGUAUUCUGCCUCAGCUGUUGCUGAGGGAUCUCAGAGUGGCUGGUUGACCAAUUCCCAGAUCACUCAUUGUGGAUCCUAUCUCCAGCCGGUGGACUCAGGGAAGUUUGACCAUCCUACUUGUCCAGGUCCCGGUGAACAUUCGAACAGACCCCUGCCUGAAAGUCGCACACAGACAACUCCACCUCCAGGAGAAGCCCCGCCUCCCCUGGAGGAAAGGCCUGGCUCAAAGGUGCAUCCGUCAACCUUCCAGGGUAAUAAACUGGCAUUGGUGUCACUCGGUCAAAUGGGAUGGAGAUCAGAAGAUGCCACUGUGGCCACCACUGCCCAAGCCCUGACCCCCAUGCCAUGCUUUCAUCAGGACUCAGCGAAGCGAGGUAGUUGGAGUGAGAGUGUGAGGGGAUACCGCACGUCAACACACACUCAUCUGACGAUGGAUCAAACCACUUCAGUUAAAGGGGACUCAACUGGUCUGACUGCUGCUGGGUCAGUGACCCUGGCAGGUAGCACCAACCAGCCCUCCCAGAGGGACGUCCAGGAGGGUUCUCCCAGCAUGGGAGAGCAUGGGACAGAGGCUGCAGUGGGUAUGGAAUGGGCACCUUCCAUGUUAGAUGCCACAGCAGCAGUGAGCAUGGAGCCACAGUUGGACAGCGAUACCGUUGUAGAGAAUAUUGAUAAUGAGCGCACUGAGACUGAGCUCAGGAUGCAAGAUGGCGCCCUGACUGAAGAGGUCCAGGAGGCUUUAGAUGUGGUUAGAGGGGGCGUCACACCAACAGACACUAUGCCUACCCUGAGUAACUCCUGCUGGGACUCUGUGGAGAGUCAGUGCCACUUACUGAGUGACGACAGCUGUCUAAGGCAAAGUGAGCUGACUGAGUCUAUGGAGGAGUCCGAAACACUGCAUUCUUGUGCUGCCAAGCAGCCGGAUCACACUUCCAAGUGGAAUGUUGAAAACGAGGAAAUUCAAUCUGUACCGAAUGAGAUUGGCUCAGCAGAGAGACCUGUACAGACAGUGAUACCACACAGUGUCACGGCAGACGGUUCUUUCAUCGAUUUCAAACCUGUUGAGAGUAACUCUGUAUCUGGAGGGGGUUUGACCUGUGGCCACACAGGACGGAUUUUGCACAAACCCAUUGAUGAUCCAAGAAAUGACAACUUAGAUAAAAAUAUUCCGGCAUCUGACUUGUUAUGUCAGGAUAGAGAUGGCAACACCAUGACAGCAUGUGUGGGGGAUGAGAAUAUGGGCUCACCUGGUGAGCAUGGAGGGUCUGGACUCCCUCAGAGUGUAAAUGGUGCAGGUCCCCUGUCAGUGACUGGCAAAUCGAGAGGGAGUGAGGAACCGGCAAUGGCUGGGGAAUCGCCAGUGGCUAGGCAGUGGGUGGAUGAUGACCUGCGUAAAGAUGUGAACUGUGACCGCUCUGAGACUGUGGGAGCUGAAGGGGAAUCAGCCAGUGAUCCAGGAGUACAACCUGUGGAGUGUGAGCUUGCUGCUAGGGUGUCUAAUGUGCAGAUCCCAAGCUGUUCUGGGAUGGAAUCUGAUCUCUCAAGCAAUGGACAGUCACAAGACGUUUCUUCUCGAUGUCCACCAGUCAGUAAAGCCACGCUUGAUGCUGACUCAACAACUGAGCACCUGAGCUCAAGUGACAAUACAUUUGUCUUUGAUAAGCCGCACCUUCUGGGUACAUUGGGCUUGAGGUUAGAAGCUUCAGACGCUUCACCAGGAGAAACGACAGGGCAGAUGGGAAAAGGAGGACGUUUGGUUGACCCAGAAUUAUCAGACACUGAUUCCAAGUCAGCGGUCACAGGGAAGGUGGAGGUCCCGGAUGUAGAUGGACUUUCUGUGGCUAGUAAGGCAGCAGAGGAUAGUACGAUCCAGACUGAAGGGUGGUCAGCAAAGGUUUGUAACCCUGCACUGGCUGACUGUCCCCCUUCACCCAUUUCCUUAUCAAACGAUGAUGGUUCUGCCUACUCAGCUGGGAUCGAACCUGAGGCGCUAUUGUUCAUCAAAGCAGCCAGGAGUGUGUGCAGCAUUCCAGUCAGUUCCUGUUCACCCACUGACCAUUCUGCAUCUGAAUUAGCCAACUCUGUUAACCUGCCGAGUCUCGAUCCAGGAAAGGGGAGCUGCUGUUCCAUUGUGGAACUUGGGCACUCCAAUCAGGCUGGGCCACAGGGUGGAGUCAGUGCAGCUGGUCAACUCUGUGAGGGAGAGUGGCCUAGCACCGAGCAUGGAGAGACAACAGGAGAUAUCAGAGGCUGUGUAAUUCAGGGAAAUACUCCAGAAAUCUCCAAACCAGAGGGUGUUGUCACUUUCAUGGAAAGUGUGGAAAUGCAAUGUGAACGUGACUCGAUUGAUCAGAGCGAGUUAGAUGCAACUGACCAAACCUGUGAAUCACAUGAUGGUAGACUGAAUCUUCUGGAAUGUAAAGAAUUUCCAAGUAUUCCCAUUGGAUCUGUGGAUGUAAAUGUUGAGACAGUGGGAGGACACACUCUAAAUACUGGAAUGGUAAAGGAAGGGUAUCUCCAUGGCAAUAGCUCUGGUGUUGUGGAGACUUCGGAGACCCUGGUUUCUACACUUGAAGAUAAUUCCAUGGAGAUUGGAGAUACUGUUGGAUCGGAUGAAGAUAUGGAUGUUGACUCAGUGUCCAGGUCUGUGGCCAGGGAUGAGAUUGUGGAAUCUGAUCUGUCCAAUACUUGCCCAGCACCCUCGGAGUUGCAGCUGACGAGUGCCCGUGUCAUUGUCACUGAGGCUGGAAAUUGUGGAGCUGAGGGAGAGGUGGACGAAUCCCCAUUGUCAGAGCGAUCUCCUGUGGCACCACCUCUGGGCGAUGUCGAGAGGGAGGAGGAGCUGGAAGGAUCUGAGCCAUUGAUGCCGGUGAGAGAGCCAGCCAAUCAGUUUGGAUUGGAAGCUGCAGAGACACUAGUGGCACGUCAGCUUGGUAUAGGUGUAGCUCACGUUCCCUCUUGCACAGUGACACCUGCAAAUUAUGAUACUCUUUGCCCACUCAUGCAGAGUGAAACCUUGAAUUCCACAGCAGAGAAAGAGACCAUUAAUCAAAGCCACUGCAAGCACUCAGCAAUGAAUGUGCCUUCCAGCGAUAACCGAGUUUUAAGCAGCUUGGAAUUCCAGGCUGAGGCAGCAAGUUCAGAGAAUCUGCUGGAAGCCGCUAUGGUUACCCCAGACCGAGAUAAUCUAGAUCCAUCCCAAGAUGAGAGCCAUCCAGAACCCGGUGUGACAGACGAACCUCUGGCAUUGUCUGAAACUGGACAGGAUCAGCCCAGACUGGACCAUGUUGAAGGGGAGGGACACUUGACCUCGGGAUUUCUAACAACCGACGUGCAGUCAGAAUUGCUGAGUGAGUCCUGCAAUCAUUUCACAAACACUGUUACAACAAAGAUAGUUAGGCAUUUCCCAGGUGAAGAGCGGGUGAACCUGUCUCCAGUGAUGGACUCUGAAAUUGACAGGCCAGGACCACACCUUCCGGUGGGGAAUGGUAAAUUUGAGACCACCAAAUCACCAAUCCAAUAUUGUCCUCCUGUGAGGCCGAUGGCCUUGACUUCGUGCCCAGUAGCAGAGGCAGGAGAAAGCCCAGAAUCACCAGCCAGAACUGUCCCACUGUCUCCCUCGACCAUGGGUGCUACCUGGCAUGGUGGCCGUGACAGUCCUGUCACCCAUGGGUGUCAGGAGGGAGCUCCUAUGUCUGAAAAUGCUGCAGAGAUCAGAGAUGAAUUUAGAGACUCUGGGGAAACAGCUGAUGCUCCUUCUGCUGACUCCACUGAAGAACCUUCUAUAAAGAAGGUGCGCGCUUGUACUGGCAGCACUAGAGAUUGUGAAUCCUCUGUGUGUAACCCCUCUCUCCUGGGUGAAGCCUCUGCUACUGCAGCUGCUGCACACUUUGGUGUGACAACCCUGACUGAGCUGAGUGUGACGACGAACAACUCUGUCCUCCUUUCUGAGUCCGUGUCUGUGCAGAGGAGUGAUUUGACGUCCUCUGUUCCUGAUGCCUGGCCUGUGACUCAGGAAGCUUAUCCGACAGUUGACACAGCGUGUGGGAGUGAAUCGGAGUUGAGUGGGGGAAACGACCAAGCGGCAGGAUGGCAUGAUGAACCUCUGUGUUUGGGGGCGGCAGACACUGAUCAGUUUGAGCAGGCCAUGCCUCACGCACAUGAUGAGGUGCCAGAGGUGGGAUUGAGUGGAACUGAAGGCACUGAGAGGACCCAAUUCCUGCUGGUUCACGGGGGGAAGGCGGAAGCUGUGGAUGGGGUGGAGGGGGAGCUUGUCCAACCCAGUUUCUCUGAUUCCCAAAGGAUUGAACUUGAGGAUCCAGUUGAAGAGCAGAGUGAAGAUGAAAACAUAGCUGAAGAGCUCAUGUUGAGACCUGCCACUCCAGAGAACAGAGAACUGCAAAGUCACAGCCCAUUGGUGAAGGAAUUGAACUUGACCGGGAGAGAAUUACCUAUGAGCCUGGGUUUGUGUCGUGGGGCAGAGGAGGAAGAGUCCACUGUGACGGGUGUGUUGGGCGAUGAUGCAAACUGCUGUUCGAUGGAAGAAACUCAGCUGACUGGCCGAGAAGGUGCUGAGGGGGAGGAAGAUGAGAUUUGUAGUGACGAGCAUGCAGUGCAGCCUGAACUAACUCCUGGGCGUGCACAGGUCAGUGUUUGCCAGGAGGAGGGGCUCGUUUGGAUCACAGCUGCCCCCCGUAUACAGCCCCAGCUUUUCACCGCAGCCGUGCCCCCCAGACCGGGUGGUCGUGAGACUGGAGGAGUCGGUCAGAAGCAACUCAAAGCUGGAGAGCAACCAACUCCUGCAUCCUCUGAGAAGGACGUUCUUCUGGAGGAGACGUCUGGAGAGAUGGCGAGGUCCCGAGUCUCGGAGGAACCUGCUGGAUUGUUGGAACUCUGUGUCGGAGUUUGCCGGGCUCGGGAGCAGGCAGGGUCCCCUACUGCGUCACCCAGCCCUGAUACAAGACAGCAGUGUGUUCAAUAUGACCUGGAAAUGGACAGCUCCAAACGUGAAAAUCCCAAGGCUGGGAGAGAGACUGGUUUGUUGGACAAGGUCUCGGGGGAAGGAUCUAUCCCAGUCUCUCAGUUCCCUGAGACGCUGGAUUCGUACGGGCUAGAGGGAGAGGAAGAGUCCAGUGAGCAAAGUGCUUCAGGCCACGUCACACCAUGUGAGCCAAUGGAAAGGAAUGACUUGAGCGAACAAACUGCUAGUGAAGAAGAGGAGGCCUCCUACCCAGAACAGCUGACCUGUACACAGCUGCCGGGUACCUUAUCAGACAGUGCACUCGCUACUGUGGAGAAUGCGGAGGAGCUGAACAUCAUCAUGGGCAAAGCUAAUCUCAACGUUUCUCCUCCUUCACCAGACUGUACAGAUGUGGGGGAGGUGAACUUGAGUCUCCCCACCUCCAUCAGGAAUAAAGGUGACCCAGUACAAACCUCACGAACAGUCACUCCCUGUACAUGUGUAUCUGAAGACGAGAGGAUCUCAGAGGAUAUCUGCCGUCCAACUGGUUUCUCUGAAGAGUCGAUGGUCUUCGGUGAAGAAGGAGCUGAAGAUCUUGAGCUCGACGAUGAACAGUUGGAGAGGAAGCACCACUCCCAUUUACCUCCUGGUCACCGUGAGCAGCAGUUUAUCUUCUCCAAGGAAGCUGAAGACCAGUCUGCAGGAGAAGGGAUGCCCAGGAGAGGGGUUGCCCAGAUUGUGCAGGGGACCCUGGGUGAGCUGGGGCUGUGUACACAGAGGGAGACGGUUCCCCAAACUUUGAGCAUUCUGCAGAAUGGAGUUGUGCCGACACACUCUGACUGUGCCACAAAUGUCUCCGAAUGCAAAGAUUCGAGAGCCCGCUCCCAGCAGGGAGCUGAAGUACAAAAGCCGAGUGACGGCAUAUUGAAAAAAUGCUGCCCAAAAAACAGAGGUGUUGAGCAGGAAACUGAGACAGUGGCGCUUGGUGAACGUGGGCAAUUCCAGCAGGAGGAGAAUGUGGCACAACCCAGCCUCCUCAGUGAAGAGCAUGGUGCUGUGUUGCCGCAGACAUUGGACCGGAUACCAUUUGGUGAGACACCGAUACAGUCGCCGGUGAGCCCGAAUCCUGAGGCUGAAUCUGUGCACAUUGAAUGGCAAGACAUGGGACGAGAUGGAAUGGGCAAGUGUCAGGUCAUUGUGGGGAGCACUGAUUUGGCCGAGACAGGAGCAGCUGACAUCAGUCGUACAGAUGGGGUGGUCAAAGUUAGCUCAACAAUUGUCUCUUCAGACCCCAAGUAUCUGAAUCUACAACCUUCAGAGUCUCAAUUGAAGAGGGAGGAUAUUACAAGCAAGAGCCUAAACAGCCAAAUGAACCUUAAUUCCCGACCAUCAAAGAGACCUUGUGAAGGAGAAGAGGCAUUGGGUUCAAAGUCUACUGCCUCCUCUCCCAGUAAAAGAGUGUGCUUGCCUCAGCAAGCUGGAACAGAGGGGCUUGCAUCAGCAGAGGGCCAGAAUGUCACUCUGCUAUCCCUCUCGGCCGAACAGAGGCAGCAUCAGGCCUGGUACAUAGGCAGACUGGUCCAGCAGUUUGUCACGGAAUACAGAGCCUCUCAGGAGUGUCGUGUUACUGGGGAAGUGAGAGCAGUGAGCAAGCAGGACGAGGUCAGGCGAAUUGUUAGAGAGUUCUUCAAAACUCAAGUGGCUAAGUCCGAGGAGCCCAUUGUUGACCUGCCACAGCAGAGUGUAGAGAUGGGUGACUCCGAUCAGUGUCACCGCUCCGAGAAUUCCGAACCCCGACAGGAGCCGAGAGAAACCAGCGAUGACAAGAGCCCUUGCUUAAUGGGUAGCAGUUCUGACUGUGGGCCUGGCACUAAUGGCUCUGGUUCGUCCACCUCAACUGAGCCCUUGCCUUUGCUGUCUCGUCCAUCCAGCGAGCUGGUGAAUUGGCAUGUUGGAGCGAGGGGUGAUUCAGAAAGCUCUCUGGAGGAGGCUGGUAAACUUGCCAGAAAAACUGGGACAGUCCAGGAAACCGCUCAGGGUGACACCUUCCAUGUCAUGUCUCCAGGCCCCAGCAACUGUGUUCCAGGAGAUACUGACCCAAUGCAGGAGGUCACUGUGGCUGAGGGCGCUCAUCCUUCCCUUUCCCUUACUGAGGAAUCGGGGACCAAUGUGGAGGCAUUCGAUGCUUCCAGGGUAAGCUGGAGCUCACUUGCGCACCGUUCUCCCAAUGCAGAUUCCCAUGAGGGGUUGGAGAAUGGGGGACUGGGAGCUUGGGAAAGCCAGGCAACACCAGCUGGUAGUGAUGGGACAGCCAUCACGGCUAGCAACAAGAUGGGGAGCUCGCUGUUGGAGAUCCUGAGAACUGCCACUGGAUCCCUCAGCUGUGCUGUCCUGGAAUGUGAUGGAGAGGCAGAGACAGACUCAGGGUCUGCUGCUUUAGCUGAUGGGUCUGCUGAUCAGGGUGUUGCUGAUGUGACAGGAGGUUGCUGUAGUCACAGCUCCAGCACAGAUAAGUCACCUCCUCCUUCGCCUGCUCUCUCUACAAGUCCUGAAGCUAACAGUCCUGGGCAACCUGGUGAAAUGAGAUGUUUAAGCCUAGCAGAACCAUCGUCUCCUGGUGACAGUUCAAAUUGCAGCCAAGAUGUGAUUGAAAGUUGCAACCCAAUGGAAUCGCCCCCUUCCAGCCACAAUAACCCGGGCUAUAGCUACAAUGUGAGAGAGAGGCGCGUGAAUGUUGAUGGCGUUGAAUCAGAUCCUCCUCCUCAUCCUCCUCCUCUGCGUAUUUCUGAAGUCUGGAGUAUCCAAUCCUGUAGCUCGGGCGAAGGACAUUUUCCUGCACUGGAUCCUGCUCCUAGCCACUUUACUGAACUCCUGCCAAACACCAAAGGUGGCUGUACUUGGAAGCCAGAGCAUGAGUGUCCCACUGGUCUGUCAGGCCCUCCUGAGGGGGAAGCCUCCUCAGCAGCAAAGGUAUCUGGCCUUGGAUCUGACAUGCUGUCUUCAAAUGGGCAGCAGGGGGAGGCUGAGGCCUUCUGCCUGGGCUUCACCUCUGACCGGUCACCCAGAUUGGAGACAGAGCCAUCCAAGAGGGUGGUAGCCCAGAAUAUCGAUAUGAGGGAUGCAGACCACAGUAGCAGCUCUCUUGUGUGGAGGGGAGACCUGCACAGAGAAGGAGACAUCAUCAUCCCCACCAGCAUUCAGGAAGCUGGAAGUGAAUUGGGUACCAAACCAUAUCUAGAAUUGCUAGAAGACCCAGUCACCAGCCAAAAUGACAUUGGAAUCAGGAGACUGAGGGCUGAUUUCUUGGGAUCCAGUAAAGAGGAGACUGGAACAGACAGAAAGAGAACAUCUCUAGCCACCAACCAAAUAAGUUCAGUUGGUUGUGUUGAGGGCAGGACAGAGGAGGGAGGAUCUGCUCUGUGUAUGGACCAUGAUGCGAAACCCGUGCUUGGUUUGUUACCGGCACCUACAGAAAGGGCAGUUUCCCCUCAGCAUGAUGCAGCUGAUGAGAGAGAAUCUCAGGAGUUUGGUGAGGAGACCAGUGUCCGUGGCUGCUCUGUUGUGUCCAAACGGCUGCGGGAGGUGAGUCCUCCCCAAGGAGUGCCCUUGGUUAAUCGCCUCUCACUGCGGGCAAAGAAGAGGAUCAGAACAUCAAGUGAUGGGGCAAAUGACACCGCUGACCCCAGCCUCUCCCGGUCUCCCCCUCGGCCCGGCCUCUCCUGGACUCCCUCUCCCCCUCGGCCCGGCCUCUCCCGGUCUCCAUCUCCCUCUCGGCCCGGCCUCUCCCAGUCACCCUCUCGGCCCGGCCUCUCCCAGUCACCCUCUCGGCCCGGCCUCUCCCAGUCACCCUCUCGGCCCGGCCUCUCCCAGUCACCCUCUCGGCCCGGCCUCUCCCAGUCACCCCGCCCGGCCUCUCCCAGUCACCCUCCCGGCCCGGCCUCUCCCAGUCACCCUCUCGGCCCGGCCUCUCCCAGUCACCCUCUCGGCCCGGCCUCUCCCAGUCUCCCAGUGCCAAUGAUGAGAGAGCUGUGA